AUGGCUUCUACCCUGACUGUCGGGACGCUUGCCUAUGGGUACCAAGCCAUCGACGCUUUUGGUCUACUAGACGUUCUUAGCUCCGGCAGUGACAUCUUUGUUAACGACUUGGAGCUUUUCCAUGCUGUGAAUCCGAUCGCCAAGGAAAAAGCACCAAAAAUCGUCUUCCAUCAUGUCGGUGUCAACCGUGAGCCUAUCCAUGCUCUUACAACCGGGCUCACUCUAGUGCCCACCUGCACUGUCGACGAUGCGCCAGACUUCGAUAUACUCCUUGUCCCCGGGCCAAACCCGUACGGCUUUGAACUUCACCCUCGCUUCAAGGAGCUUAUACAGCGCCAGGUUGCAUCCGGACGACUCUUGUUCACCAACUGCACUGGGGCUUGCAUCGCCGCCCAGGCAGGAGUCCUAGAUGGGAAGAAGGCCACUGUGAACCAUGCCUUUCUGAAGUGGGCCGCAAAGGAAUACCCAAACGUCAAUUGGACGGCUGAAGCUCAGUGGGUAGUGGACGGAAACGUAUGGACCGCGGCUGGCGCUGUUGCAGGUAUGGAUAUGGCUGCGCAUUGGUUGAAGGAGAACUAUGGAAAGGAAGUUAUGAGUCUGUCCGCUAUGAACCUGGAUUUCGAGCCUCGCGAUAUUAAAGGUGUUCUAAACGUGAUUCCCCAAAGAUAUGAUGCUGAAGGGAAGCAGACCGCAAGCCAUGUGUUUGAGUACACGGACUCUUUUUAG